GCCUUGGUUAUUGGCUUUCUUCUUCCCUGCACAACAACUACUGAGAAAAAAAGAGAUACGCGCUCAAGGAUAAAAUCAGAGCAUUCUAGAGAGAGGAUAGGGUUGAAAAAGGGUUUUUCGAGACGAAAAUCUCUGCGGAACCAGGACGGGUCUUCGCGGAACCGUAGAAAACCAGGAAAGAAGCGCGAGGUUCAGUUUGGAAUCGUUGGUUUACAGGUUCUUUUCUGAUUCUCCCCAUACUAUUUGAUCCAUUGGUCAAUCAGUCAAAAGUGUAAUCACGUCAUUGCCUCUAUAAUUUAUGGGAUUUCAGAUGCCAAUUUGGAGUAAAAGUUAGGGUUUCAAUCCCCAUUUUGCUAUUUUAGCAGAUUUUCCAGAUUGCUAUUAAAAACAGAGUAAUUGGUCGGCGGUGGUUGUCAUGCGAUUUUCGCAGUCAACGUCGGUUGAGAGGAAAACGAAGGAUCAUAAGGUUGGAAAUUUUAGGACUAAGAAAAAACAUAAGAGGCUAGAUGCUAUUUGUGAAAAGGCAUAUACUCAGAGUCAUAGUGCGAUUGAAAGCAAGGAGCUUAUUGAGUCUAGUAAUGCUGGAGGGGAUGAACUUGAGCUCAGGCGGAGCACUAGGGUCCGAAAGGCUCCUGUUUUACUUGAUUCGUCCCCGCCUCCUCCAAAGAAGCGAAAAAAGGUUGACAAAAGGGGUGGGUUGAGUGGUGUGAAGGGAGAAGAAGAUGAUGACCAGUUUGAGAUGCCUUGUUCAACACCAAGGGAUCUGGUUGAAGAUACUGGUGGUUGGCGAACAAGGUUGAGAUCCAGGAGUACAAAUGCACGUUUUGUUUCGAGAGGGAAGGGGGAGUCCUCACCAGCAUGUAGAAGGAAGCUUGUUGAGAACUUUAGCAAGUUCAAAAGCAAAUCAAAGAUGGAGGCUGAACCGUUUGAUGACAGUGAAGAAAGGCAGGUACAUGGGGAAUUGACAAUUGUUAAGUCAAAGAGACCUGGAAGAGUUAAAGCUUCAAAUGCCUUUGAGAGUGAGCACCUGGACAUUGAUCUUGGUGGUAGUAUGGAGGAUGAUGAAGACUUGGUAAUUAUGGAAGAGAUGCCACAACAAAUGGAUGAAGAGGAUGACAAAUUGAUAAUUGAGGAAGAUGUGCCAGAAGAAAUGAAUCAAGAAGAAGAACAUUCAUUACAUAAGGAAGAGGUGCUAGAAGAAGUGAAUGAAGAGGAAGAUUUGCCACAGAAUGAUGAAAGUGAUAAGGGAGUAGAGAAUGGUAACACACCCUCACCAACUAUCUAUAAAGAAGAGGACAAAGUAGAAAUGUGCUUACAGUCCAAGCAAUGCUUGAGUUCUGACAAUGUGGAAUCCACGGAGCAGGAUAUGCCAAUUGAAAAGCAUGUCUGCGGAUCAGGUGACCAAAGAAAUGCUCUAGAAGUUGACUUUGUUACUGUGGAUGAAAAUGUAAAAGAUGAUGCUAAUGGAGAUGCAGAUAAACAAGCAAAAAGAGGAUAUCUUGAAAAAGCAAAAGAUGAAGUAGAUUGCUCCAUCUUCUACAAAAGGAAGGGUAAGAGUUCCCGUGAACCUCUAGCAAAUGAGAGAAUGAUUGAUGUUAGUCAUGUUACAAGAAAGCGGAAGAUAAAAGAGGGAAGACAUUGUGGCUUGUGUGGAGGUGGUACAGAUGGAAAACCUCCCAGAAAACUAGUACAGGAUGGGGUUCUAAGUGAUAAUGAGGCGCAUAGUGAGUCGUCCACUUCUGAGGAACCUAAUUAUGAUGUAUGGGAUGGAUUUGGUGAUGAACCUAGCUGGCUUGGACGCCUCUUGGGCCCUAUAAAUGACCGUUUUGGUAUUGCUGGAAUUUGGGUUCAUCAGCAAUGUGCUGUAUGGAGUCCAGAGGUCUAUUUUGCUGGUUUGGGAUGCAUGAAAAAUGUUAGGGCAGCACUUAGCAGGGGAAGGGUUUUGAAAUGCAGUCGAUGUGGGAGGCCUGGGGCAACUAUUGGAUGCCGUGUUGAUAGAUGUCCAAAAACCUACCACCUGCCGUGUGCACGAGCCACUGGUUGCAUCUUUGAUCAUCGCAAGUUUCUCAUAGCUUGCACUGAUCAUCGACAUCUAUUCCAACCCCAUGGAAGUAAAUAUCUGCAUCGGAUAAGGAAAAUGAAAGCUAAGAAGAUAAAGUUGGAGCUGAGAAAGACAUCUAAUGAUGCAUUGCGCAAGGAUAUUGAAGCUGAAGAGAAAUGGUUGGAGAACUGCGGGGAGGAUGAAGAAUUUUUGAAACGUGAGAGCAAGAGGCUUCAUCGAGAUUUAUUAAGAAUUUCUCCUGUAUACAUUGGAGGUUCUAAUUCUGAUACUGAGGUUCAGUUUCAAGGUUGGGAAUCCAUUGCAGGGCUUCAAGAUGUCAUCCAGUGCAUGAAGGAGGUGGUCAUCUUACCACUGUUAUACCCUGAGUUUUUUAGCAGUCUUGGACUCACACCUCCUAGGGGGGUUCUUUUACAUGGAUACCCUGGGACAGGUAAAACUUUAGUUGUACGUGCACUGAUUGGUUCAUGUGCUCGAGGUGAUAAACGCAUAGCAUAUUUUGCUCGUAAAGGAGCGGAUUGUUUGGGAAAAUAUGUUGGUGAUGCUGAGCGGCAAUUAAGACUUUUGUUUCAGGUUGCUGAAAAAUCUCAACCUUCUAUCAUUUUCUUUGAUGAGAUAGAUGGCUUGGCUCCUUGCCGCACUAGGCAGCAGGAUCAAACACAUAGUUCAGUGGUGUCCACUUUGCUUGCCCUGAUGGAUGGAUUGAAAUCUAGAGGGUCAGUGGUUGUUAUAGGGGCAACAAAUCGCCCAGAUGCUGUUGAUCCAGCUUUAAGACGACCUGGGAGAUUUGACAGGGAGAUAUAUUUUCCAUUGCCAUCAGUGAAGGACAGAGAAGCAAUUCUCUCACUACACACAAAGAAAUGGCCUAAACCUGUCUCUGGACCCUUACUCAAAUGGAUAGCCAAGAAAACAGUGGGAUGUGCUGGUGCUGAUCUUCAGGCCCUUUGUACUCAAGCUGCCAUUGUUGCUUUAAAGAGGAGCUUCCCCUUGCAUCAGUAUCUCUCUGCAGCCACAAAGAAAGGGCCUGAUGUUAAAUGUUCUCCCCUACCCAUCUUUACUGUAGAGGAACAGGAUUGGUUGGAAGCUCUAACACAUGCACCACCUCCAUGUUCACGUAGAGAAGCUGGAAUGACUGUGAAUGAUGUGGUUUCAUCACCUCUCAAUACCUUUCUUUUUCCUUGUCUUGCCCAACCCCUUUGUAAAUUGCUUGUUUCCCUUUAUCUGGAUGAGCGCCUCUACUUACCAGACCGCCUUUCUAAAGCUGCUUCAUUGGUAAAAGAUGUUUUCACAUCUGCUUUGGAUAAAAAGAAAGCUCUCACUGGUAAUUGGUGGUUAUACAUUCAAGACUUGCUUAAAGAACCAGACGUUUACUGCAAAGUUGAGGAUCACCUCUCUCGUGCCAGUAUUCUGGUUCGAGAUUCUAAUAUUGGUACUUCUGCUAUUUUAGAGGAGAACAUUGAUGAUGAUCACUCUACUUUUGGACAUUCCAAACUUCACCAUAUGGGUGCUCGUGCUAACUUGGUCCAAAAUAUAUCGGGAAAGAAAUCUGGAUUCCGAUUAUUAGUUUCUGGAAAACCAAGAUGUGGUCAGAGGCAUCUUGCUUCUUGUCUUCUCCAUUGUUUUGUUGGUAAUACUGAUAUUCAAAAGAUUGAUCUGGCUACUAUUUCACAAGAAGGACAUGGAGAUUUUAUACAGGGUUUGACAUCGAUACUGAUGAGGUGUGCAAGUGUUGGAAAUUGCAUGAUAUUUAUGCCAAGAUUGGAUUUAUGGGCUGUGGAGACCAAUUACCAGGUUUGUGAAGCUCAGGGUGUUUCUCUGUCAGUGGAGCCUCAUUCAUUUGAGGAGAAAUCCCUCAAAGAAAUCAGCAAUGAAGACAACUAUCCCGUUGCUAAUAUGACGGAAGUGGAGUCCAGACGUGAAGUGAGAGAGGUCUCGUAUGUCUGGAGCUCCUUUGUUGAGCAGGUUGAAACCUUAUGUGUUUCUACAUCCUUGACUAUUCUGGCUACGUCAGAGAUGCCAUUUCAAGAACUUCCUUUUAGGAUAAGACAGUACUUCAAAGGUCAGAAAUUGGAUCAGUCUCUCUCAACUCCAUUGGGGGAUUCCAUGCCACAGUUUUCUGUACAGCUGGAUGAAAGUUUCAAUGUUGAUCUGGUAGUUGAUCUAUUUGCAGCAAGACUGUGUAAUGAUUUAUCUCAACACUUCAUUCAGUUGAUAUAUCAUGCCAACCAUGUCCAUAUGGUCCCACAAAAUGGCAAGGAUUAUGAUGAAACCAAGGAGAAUAUCGGAUCUACAUGCCCCAACACCAAAUCUGGAACAGCAAUUGAGCAUGAAGGCAAACAAUGUUCCAUAAACCCCAUUACUCCUGUUGCCCCUAACAAUAAACAUGGAAAAGGGAAAUCAAACUUGUUAUUAGCAAUUACUACUUUUGGCUAUCAAAUUUUGCGAUAUCCUCAUUUUGCUGAACUUUGUUGGGUCACAUCCAAGCUAAAAGAUGGUCCUUCUUUUGAUAUUAAUGGACAUUGGAAAAGUUGGCCUUUCAAUUCAUGUAUUCUUCGUCCUAAUAGCUCUGUGAAAGAGGUUGCUCUUUCUACCAGCAAUAUGAAAAGCAAAGAAAAUUCUGGUAUAGUAAGAGGCCUGAUAGCUAUUGGGUUGUCAGCAUACACUGGCAAAUAUACUUUGCUUAGAGAAGUAUCUUCUGAUGUUCGGAAAGUUCUGGAACUUCUAGUUGCAGAAGUUAAUGACAAAGUUCAGGGUGGGAAGGACAGGUAUCAGUUCAGCCGUCUUUUGUCUCAAGUGGCUUAUCUUGAUGACAUGUUCAGUAGCUGGCUUUACAUGCUUCAGAGUUUAGAGGUGGACACCCAACGCUCAGGUCCAGAAGCAAACUUUGCAGUUAAUUGUGUAGGUCAUUUGGAAGAAUCUAACCCUUCAAAGAAUACUAGUUUGGAAGGUGAUGAAACAUUGCAUGAAGCAAGGAUAGUAGAAGGAAGUGCCUUUGAAUUAAAUGCUGAAAAUGACGGACAUAGUGGUCUGGAAGGAGAGGGUGAUCGAGAUGUAUCAGGUACAGUGGUGGCCUCUCAGUCGAUGGACAUGGACACUUCUACACUGGUUGAAAAUGUUACAAGUACCACUGGAUUAAAUACUAAAAAUGUUGAACAUAGUGGUGUGCAAGUAGAAGGUAAUUCUGGUGAUCAAGAUGAAGUGUGUGUGGUUGCAGUUGCAGAAGAUGAAGCUUCCCAGUUGGUGGAUAUGGAGCGUUCUCCGAUUGUUGGACACACUUCCAUUUCUCUGAAGAAUGGGGUCACUCUUGAAUCGAGCACUGCAACUGUUAUUGUGUCUCAUCAAGGUGGAGAUUGUGGAUCCAAAAUACACUCUAAUGGACAUGCAGAGCAAAAAUCUAUUGAUAUUCAAGAUGAAGAGGAUGGCUCCUGUGGUCCGGAUGGUAGGUUCGGUACUGAGAUCUCUGUUUGCAGAAAAGUUGUUUUUAAUCUGGAGAAUGGCUUGUCCUUGCCUGAAAAUAAUCUUCCUCUCGAAGAUGACAAGAGAAAGCCGCCUCGUGAUGGUUGUUCAAAUAAAGCUACUGAUCUUCCAAUAGAUUCUGGUCUUGUAUGCUUCUUUGGUUGCUGCACUGGGUGUCUGGAGAAACUUCACCACUUAUUACGAGAAGUGCUUAGAUACGAGUGGGGACUUAAAGGAAAAGAGUGCAAGUUAGAGGAUGUUUAUGAUUUUGUGGCCUCGUUAUCUGCAAAAUUUCAUUCGUCUCUUAGAAUGUGGUUGGUGACGGAAAAUUGUAGUUCAUUUGAUGAUGAUAAAAAGGAGGUGGCAGAGUUUGAGCACAAGGACAGAGUUGAAAAUUCAGGGAAGAGGUUGAAGAUGAUGGAAUGUAGUUGUGACAGUAGUGUAAAUAGAGAAGUGGAUGGGUGUGAGAGUUCAGAGUAUGGAGAUGGUAGGGCAUAUAUAUUUAGAGAUGGUGUACUAACCAAUUUAGAGAGAUGUAAGGAUGUUUGUUUCCACUGCGAAAUUAAGAAAUUAUGCCUUCAUUCCCUUAUAGAGUGGAUAGAACUUAGAAAGGGGGAAGGAGCCAUAAAUUGAUAGCAGCAGAUUUUGUUUAUUCCAGCGGGUAGCAAAUUAUCUCACUUGGAUGGAACUUCAGUCUGAGAUGUAAAAUCAAAAAUUUUGUUUACUGAAUUGAGUUUUGAUCUUAUACUUUCCUCAUUCA